AUGCUUAAAACUUCAAAUUUAUUAAAACCUACUUUUUUGAAACGAUCAAAUGUAAUUCUUCGUCAUUCGUAUGGACAAUGUAUUCGUAAUAUGAGUACUCAACAAGCCAAAAGUUCUAAAGGCGUUUUAUCUAAAAUUACAGAUGUGUAUAAGAGACAGAUCGUAUACAAUGUAAAAGUAUUCAAUGAAAUUGCAAAAGAAGUUUAUACUAAAGAAAAUCUUGGUCCACCUAAUAAAGCUCAAAUUUCUGAAGCUUGGGAAAAUCUUAAAUCUAUUCGAUGGAAAAAUUUUAGUGAUUUAGGUCCAAAUGAUUUUUUAAAAUUUGGUAUACGUAGUAUUGAAGUAGCUGGAUUCUUUGCUUUAGGUGAAAUUAUUGGUAGAUUUAGUAUAAUUGGAUAUAAUAUUUAA